UUCCAACACAAACAGCGUAAUAAUGACGCCCUGUCCGAAUACAUCUUCAUUCUGCGCACGUCUCCUCGCACCAUAGUUAAAUGCAAUACUCCCUCCAGCGGCAGACCCAAUUCUUCCGUUGCAGCCAUGUGGAUUCUGCCCUUGGUCGGAUACCUAGGCUUAAUCGUGGGAUUCCUAUUCCUCACCCUCGCCAUAGCGUCGGGCCUCUACUAUCUCUCUGAGCUUGUUGAAGAACACACCGUGCUCGCCCGCCGUCUCCUCUCACGUAUGAUAUACUUCAUAAUAACACUGCAUGUCCUCCUCUGGUUUGUCGACCAGCUCCCCUUCAGUCUCUGCACCCUCAGCAUCAUCUCCCACUUCAUCUACGCUGCCAAUCUUCGCCGCUUCCCCGUCGUCAAGCUCACAGACCCCAUAUUCAUAACCUCGUGCCUCCUGGUCGGCCUCAACCACUGGCUUUGGUUCCGCUACUUCUCGAACCCAAUAUCAACCCAGUCAUCCUCCAUGCCCUGGUCCAAAGAUGCGGAUAGAAAUAGCCGACAGCCUUACCACUACGGCUCGAUGACGGAUCUACCGUCGUUUACAGAAGUGGCGUCCUAUUUCGGGCUGUGCGUGUGGCUGGUUCCAUUUGCGCUGUUUGUCAGCCUGAGCGCGGGCGAGAAUGUGCUGCCAAGUAUGGGCUCUGAGUAUGCGACUGGGGCAACGGCGGCGUCAUCGCGGGCUGAUCAGGACGGGAAACUGAAGAGCAAGGGUAUGGCCAAAGCGUUGGUAGGUGGUGUGAGGGAGUGGAUGGGAGAUGCGGGUGAGCUUAUGGGAUUUUGGAGAGGGGAGAAGACGAGGACAUUUUGAUGGACUAUGCCUUGUAUUUUUGGGGCCCCCCCCCUUUCUUGAACUGCCUUGCCGAUAUUCAUUUUGUGGGUGAAAUUGUCAUUGAUUUUUCGUACUUGGCCGGCGUAUGAAACAUUUUUCGUCACCACUUUUAAUUCCUUUCUCUUUCCUUGACGACCUAUUUCAAUAUUAUGUGUUUGAAAGGCACUGCAUGGGAACUGACACUGUCCUGUGAUGUUGUACAUAUUGUGAUAUCUACAUAAAUGGAGCUACCUGCCUGACAAGGUGUUUUCAGAGUACGAAACCUUGUCGGGAGUGGGCCGUCGAAACAAUGUGGGAGGGAAUGCCAUCGACCAGCAGCCGAGCGCAUUGGAUCGAAUCCAAAUACCAACAUUCAAGGCCGC